AUGGCGAGUGUGAAGUAUUUUGGAAGAGAGACCAAAGAGAAGGGAAACUCAUGUCACUGAAGGUCUCAAGGGAGUCCAUACCACAGCAACUGACACACUCAUUUUUUUUUUCUUUAGAAACAGUGACCCGUAGGCAAGUGGACAAAGAAUUCAGGGAGCGACAAGAACCAAACUUGAGAUUCCAUCUGAAAUUGGUUCCAGACCGAUCUGCCACAUCUGGGAGCCUGACACACAACCAUGAGACCCCAGGAUUUGAGAUCUCUGCAGCUGCUAUGCCUCUUAGAAGCCAUCUCUUUAUUGCCUUGGACUGAAGCUCUUCUGUGCUAUGAGGCGACAGCUUCAACCUUCAGAGCUGUGACUUUGCAAAACUGGAAUUGGCUUCUGUUGAGGAGCAUGGUGUGCAGCCUGAGAGAGGGCUGCGAGGAGACGGUGGUGUUCAUUGAGACAGGGACCAGUAAAGCGAUUUUGAGUUUUAAAGGCUGCACCCCGGCCCUGUCUUACUCUCCACAAAUCUCUUAUCUGGUGUCUCCCCCUGGAGUGUCCGUUGCCUCCUACAGCCGCGUCUGCAGGUCCUACCUCUGCAACAAUCUAACCAACCUGGAGCCGUUUGUGAGACUCAAGGCCAACCAACCUAAGUCCACAGCACCUUCUUCCAAACAGUGUCCAACCUGCCUGGGCCGGCACGAAGAGGAAUGUCUUCCAAACUUUGUCACCACUGAGACUUGCCCCUACGCUGCUUCUUCCUGUUACAGUUCCACCUUACAAUUUCAGGCAGGGAAUCUCAAUACUACCUUCCUCAUCAUGGGCUGUGCUCGUGAGUCACAAAAGCUUUUAGCAGAUUUUCAGCACAUUGGGAGCAUCAGAGUGACUGAGGUCAUCAACGUCUUAGAGAAGUCCGAGAGUGUUGGUGCAGGGCACUGUAGUCGAGGUCCUCUUUGGAGCAUCCUCUUAUGCCCCCUACUUAUCUUCAGAGACUGACCACCCAGCAGGACUGGAAAAAAUAUCAGAUCCCUUUGCAUAAUCAA